AUGCGUUCUCGUAUGCUACCAACCAAAUCUGGUCUCGAGACGGUUUGGGCUGGUGCAGUCUCAACUACAGCAGUUGCUCGAAGAAAGAAGAUUAAAGAAGUUCCUACACAGAAGGACUCUGGGGCAUCUAAAAGUAACAAGCCAAGUGAGAGUGAUUCCAUUGCCACUAGCAAGAAACCCACGAAUUCGAAACCCCCGGUAGGUUCGAAACGACAAGUCUCUUCAAUAGUUGUCUCAGAUGAUGAAGACAAAUCUCCUCCUCGUACCAGGCAAGGCCAUAGAAAGAGACAGAAAGCUAUUACUCCUUCGGGAAAAGAGAAAGGGCUAGGUUCCUCCAAAGAUGAUGCUGGCACUGCUACUUCAGGUCUUAAGACUUACAAUCUCACCAUUAAUGUCGAUAAACCUCAAGAUAUUUCCCAAAAUAAAUCCCAUGUUCUCUCACCAGUUUUUGAAGAUGCUAGGCCUCUUACCACCAUCUUACCUAAUGAGCCAGUCGAAGAAAGCCAAUCCACUGACGAAUCCCCAGCUACUCAUCAAGAUAAAAACCUGGAAGAAAAUCAUCCAGUCUCAGGUAGUGACAACGUGAAUCCACAACCACAUGGUAGUGAAGAUACUGUAUCCGAACAAGAUGCUAUGGAGGAAAUUUCUAAACCAGAUAAACACAAUCCUCCAGAAACUUCACCUCUUGACACAAAAACUACUCCUGGGGCAACUUCGAUGCCUGCCCCUACGAAGCCCACUCCUUCGGAACUAGAACAGCUUAAGCAAACUGAUCCUCUCAGUUUUCUAAAAGCUAUGAUGAAUGUGAAUACUACUUCGCCUUCAGAACUUGACAUCUCUCCAGCUGUCCUUGUAGAAUCUGUCUCAACUACAGCCGUUGCUCGAAGAAAGAAGAUUAAAGAAGUUCCUACACAGAAGGACUCUGGGGCAUCUAAAAGUAACAAGCCAAGUGAGAGUGAUUCCAUUGCCACUAGCAAGAAACCCACGAAUUCGAAACCCCCGGUAGGUUCGAAACGACAAGUCUCUUCAACAGUUGUCUCAGAUGAUGAAGACAAAUCUCCUCCUCGUACCAGGCAAGGCCAUAGAAAGAGACAGAAAGCUAUUACUCCUUCGGGAAAAGAGAAAGGGCUAGGUUCCUCCAAAUUUGCUUCUCCUAGCGACAAGGCGUCUUCUGAGGAAUCACCUUUAAAAACUGCCAGUAAUGCCUUCGUUGUCGAAAGUCAUAACUCAAGUCCAGACAAUAUUCCACCCAAGGAUGAUGCUGGCACUGCUACUUCAGGUCUUAAGACUUACAAUCUCACCAUUAAUGUCGAUAAACCUCAAGAUAUUUCCCAAAAUAAAUCCCAUGUUCUCUCACCAGUUUUUGAAGAUGCCAGGCCUCCUACCACCAUCUUACCUAAUGAGCCAGUCGAAGAAAGCCAUUCCACUGACGAAUCCCCAGCUACUCAUCAAGAUAAAAACCUGGAAGAAAAUCAUCCAUUCUCAGGUAGUGACAACGUGAAUCCACAACCACAUGGUAGUGAAGAUACUGUAUCCGAACAAGAUGCUAUGGAGGAAAUUUCUAAACCAGAUAAACACAAUCCUCCAGAAACUUCACCUCUUAACACAGAAACUACUCCUGGGGCAACUUCGAUGCCUGCCCCUACGAAGCCCACUCCUUCGGAACUAGAACAGCUUAAGCAAACUGAUCCUCUCAGUUUUCUAAAAGCUAUGAUGAAUGUGAAUACUACUUCGCCUUCAAAACUUGACAUCUCUCCAGCUGUCCUUGUAGAAUCUGGUGACAAGGAAGACAUUCCUGACCUCCUUCGACAGAUAAAAUAA